CCGGGAAAUGCCUCCAGACGCUGCUGCCAGAUGCCUCGUGCGGUGUAUUCGCGUCUCCCACUGUCGCUCAUUCGCGUUGACGGCAGUGACAUGACCUGUGCCCACAGAACAGCAUCGUGGUGUGAUGAGAGCUGGACGCGUCGCCGCCAAAACUGAUGAUGAUGACGCCCGACAAUCAAACCUACAACCACUGACUCGACCGUGCAUGACCAUCUCGACGCUGUGGAGGGAGCGAGGCGCGCUGACGUAGCCAAGCUGGAGAGCCUCUACAGAAGGACUCGAGAGAGUCUCGAGCACCGCAAAAGUCAAUGGCUUCACAAUAUCAUGGACAGAGGCACGCUCGCGAGAAAGCGCCAGAAGGACACCGCCCAGCUUGGCCGGCCACCGGUGCGACUCCGACAGCAUAUUAGGACGCAGAGCGACUCUACCACACCACGCGCCGAAUCCCCCAAGUCUCCUAUCUCGGCAAGAAUCCGGAGGAAUGAAGACGGCUUCUUCGAGGGCGCGCACAAGCGCAGCGACACCGUGCCGACGCUGGGCAAGUCGAGCGUCUACGACGACGAGAACUCCCAGCAUUUCACUGUAGUGAACGUGGGCGCUGGUGGAGUGCUGUACUUGAAGCCCAGUCGCGCAGCACAUGCCAAUCCGAACUAUGCUCCAGCAACACCGCCGGCGACGGCGGAUAGCGGGGAUUCAUAUUACGUCUAUGCAGACCAAGGCGAACAGCCCCUGCUACGCGCAGAUCAUGGCUCACUCCACUCCUCCGUCUACUCUGGUAUCCGGACUCCUCGUCUUUCACGUUCGCGAACCACUGCGCACCUCGAAACGCGAUCCUCAAUACCGCCCAUCACCUUGCAAGGCUUACAGGAGCGACGAAUGACCCGGUCUGCCUCUUGCUCGACCGUGAAUGAAAGAGAGCCCAGGCUGGAUGCGCACGAGUUUCAGCUUCCCACGAAAAAGAACGAAAGACCGAGGCGGCGGCGUCGAAGUUCUGCGGAUACAGACCGAGGCGAACUGGGCGUGCGCAUACCGCAUUAUCGUCUCGGGACGCCACGAUUCAGCAAUGGGGGAAGAGCGACCUUGCAUAGCUCUAUUUACACCACGUCAACAAUCCCGUCCUCGGUGCUUUCUCAAGCAGAGUAUGAGAAGAUCUUCCCAAUUCCGCCGGGACGAGGUCUCAGCUUGAUCGCAACUCAAUCAAAUGGCCAGCUCUAUGUCCAUCCUUCCAAUGCAUACUCAGGAAGCAUCGCUGGGAAUCCCUACGGCUCCCACAGGCCUUCGACAGUGGGCCUGAUUACGCCUUCCUCGUUCGACAAGAUCGAAUCAAAUCUGGACAAUCCGGCGUUUGUUCAUUAUCAUCCUACAACAGGACAAAUUGUUGCGGCAACCCCAGCACGUCUGAUUGCUCAAAUCACCUCGCCCGACUUCCUGGACUAUGAGCUUCUGGCGGACUUUUUCUUGACCUUUCGCUGUUUCAUGCAAUCAGAAGAGCUGCUGGACUACUUGUUCGCAAGAUUGAGAUGGGCCUUGACCAGCGGCAACGAUGGUGGCCGCAUUGCGAGAGUGAGGACUUUUGUAGCUCUGCGUCAUUGGAUCCUAAACUACUUUGCCGAUGACUUCCUGGACGAUGCCCCGUUCAGACAAAACUUCUGUGACUAUGUCAAUGAGCUCACCGCAGUUCUUCGACAGCGUCCCGAUCGGGGCGGCGGUGACAUAAACAUCGUCUCGGAGUUGAAGAAGUGCUGGCGACGAACGUGUGCCUUGUACUGGUCAUCAACUGACGCGCUAGAGACGUCUACAGACGCAGACAUCUAUCCCGGUGGCCUUCGCCUGCAAAACGGGACCCCAGCUGCGGCUUCCGCGCUCAGCCUCCCGCUCUCGAUUCGCCCGACUACAUAUCGCGGUUCGAUCUUCGAGAUGACCACCAUCCAGCUGCCCGACCAGCCGCCACCCCGGCAUAUGGCGCUGACGAACGGCAACGAGCCUGGUCGACGUUCGACUGUAACGACAAAUCGGACAGCCAGCAUUCCUGCAUCACCCCAAAGCGCGGAGAGCCUCGAAGUGCUUUCGUGUUCGGUUCCAUUCCUAAGGUACAUUCGUCCAUCGGCAAGAGCUAGGGAAAAGCCGGAGCCGCGAAUUGCAGGCGCUCCUCCUAAAUCAAGAAAGGCAUCGAGACCGAGGCAGCACAAACGGAGCGGCAGCUUCUCAGAUGCGUUACGUGACAAGCGUACGCCAUUAGCUGCUUCGCCCAAGGCGGAUAAGAUUGAGCUGAAAGAUCUUUCUUCGUUUGCCGUGACAGGCGGUCUAGUGCGCGGGCUUUUGCUCCAGCCAUCCCCUCCCAAUGUGGAUACUACUGUGCCGGUCACGCCUGGACCAGAACUAAACGAAGGGCGAUUCCCCGGCAAUGAUCUGGACAGCGAUGCACACAAUCACAAUCUUGGGGUCAGAAAGUUUGUUGUGGAAGUGAAACGUGCGCUCAGCACUCGUAAGACAAGCAGCAGCAGAUCACCAGCCCGAAGUGCGAGCUCUAAGGGUUCACAAGGCUCACGAGAUGGCACUGAGAGGCACAGGCCAGACAAGCGGCGCUCGCCUGAUUGGCAACAACUGCAGGGAGCGGCGCGGUUGGAUGUGCUCGGUCUUGCCAUCGAAAAGUCGUACCAAGGUGCAUGGGACGAGUUCGCACGCACUGAUGUGACUCCCAUUCAGGAAGUGCCCUCUGCAGAAGUACCCUCGGGAGAAGUGAAAGCCUCACAGACAUCUCGGCCACAAACCGCGACCAAGGACAAAUCGCUACCUACUCAACCGUCGAGUGGUGAGCCAUCGAGCGGCCAGGCCAAAUCGUUCCAGGUCAGAGACUUUAGUCGUCCAGACACACAUGUCACGAAUGGAAGCAGAUCAAUAGUCAUCGUGGAUGCCACUGGUGCGCCAGAGUUACCCAUGAUGUCGGGCGCUCUACCUUCGCUUCACAGCAUGACUCCGGAGAUGGUUCCGGUACCUCUUUUCCGCAAUCGCGCGACUUUGAGAAGGUCAUCGAGCACGCCACACAUUCCUCAUGGGCCGCCUCGCACAGCAUCUGUCGAACCAGGGUACCACUGGCGCUCUUCCGAUGCUCGUAUGCAUGAUCUCCUUAGCUCUUCCGACAGAUGGAGCGCCGAAGAUAGCAGUCGUCAAGGUCACAGUGCUAUGUACACUGAUUCUGGUCAAGCCCGCAAGUCAUCCAUCGUGACAUCGGGACUGGAUCUGCAAGCACUGCCACAGCAGCUACGAAGAGUACCUGGUGGUAACCUGCGCGAUGUUAACCAUGUUCGGUCGCUGGAGAUGGUUCAGCCCCGACCACGAUCCGAGGGCUCGCUGGCGACUACCUUCUCCCGCGCGUUGACAGCUUCGAAGCGAACAACCGAGGACGGCGGCGUUCCCCUUCCAGAUCUGGAUGAGCUCAAGAAGAAUUCGGUAGUCCUGCUGGCAACGCACUCCUCGCAGCCAGUGUUGAGACCUUCGUUCGAAUCAGAGGCCAGAAAGCUGAAAGGAAUUCCAGACUUGGAGUUUGAGGGUGCUGGAGGUAUAGAAGAUGCCCUGCUGAAACUAGAAGGCAAGAUCCCAAGCCCAUCUAUGAGUGGAUUUGCAGGCUCCGGAUCCGCUUCUGAAGCUUCAGACGAAUCGAGAAAGUCUCAACCCGCGACUACACAGCCUACCUCAGUAACGGGGCGGGAUGACUCCAGGUCACCUCGUCCAGGCCCUCCAGCACUAAGAGAGCUACCUGCCAGCGACGUGAAGCCCGUCUAUGGUGAUAUUCCGAUGAAAAUCUCGCCAUCUAUUCAGAGCAGUCACCCUAACAUGGGCACGCCGGUGACUGAGACACAGGGCGCCAGCAUCUUCCAUGCCUCUGGAAUCAAUACUGGAUUUCCAUUCGCGUUCGAAGCAGAGCCACGUGAGGAGCCGGGCAGACAUCUUGCUACGACCGAGUCCAGCCCCUCCAAUUCAGUAGUGCCAACGACUGCCAGAUUCAGUCGAUAUCCAAUCACUGAUCCAUAUACAUCUGCUUCGACACCAGAUUCUAUCGCGUACGUACAGUCACCGCUCAGCAUCAACACCAAUUCCGCAGGAUUUCGCCUUCCCUCGGUAGCCUCUUCUGCGAUCCCAAGUUUCAGGCCCGGGCCUUGGGAACAUCAGAGGUCGUUCCUACUUGACGAUAACCGCAGUAUCAGUGAUAUCUCAACUGAAAUUGCGGACAUCGAAUAUCAGAAUGGCACUGUUGUUCACGGACAUUUCUUCGAUGAGACCAGUAACAGGCGACACUUUUCCUCGCGGCCAUUAGAGACCAUAGCUGCUACGCCGCCAUCUACAAUUGCAGAGCCCACCUUUGAGUCCCCUGACAGGAGACAAUUAUUGCCUCGAGCUGUGCCAGCGCGGCCUGGUCAGACACUGAAGCAGAAGAUCAGCAAUCCAAAGCUCCAAGAGCUUGCCUCUAAUCAACCUUUCCCUCGACGCCCAGGAGACACAUUUAACCGUGCUCACACUACUCCAAGCCCUUCGGUGGAAGACAACUCUACCACAGCUCAUGAGAAUCAUAUCCCUUUCGUGCUGGCCUACGAGUCUGAAGUCAUCGCUGAGCAACUCACAAUCAUUGAGAAGGAUGCACUGGACGAAGUGGACUGGAAAGACCUGAUCAGUCUCAAUUGGCAGCAAAGUCCGCCUCAGAUUCGCAACUGGGUCGACUAUCUCAACAAGGAGACGUCCAAUGGCAUCGACAUCGUCAUUGCACGCUUCAACCUGGUUGUGAAAUGGUGCAUCUCGGAGAUCGUGCUAACUGAGGCUCCAAGCGAGCGAGCGAGGGCGAUCACGAAGUAUAUCCACAUUGCAAGUCAUUGCCAUCGCCUCCGGAAUUACGCGUCGCUGUACCAAAUUACACUCGCUCUCCUGUCGAACGAGAUCAGCCGUCUCACCAUGACCUGGUCUCUUGUGGCUCUUCGUGAGAAACACAUGCUGGAGCAGCUCGAACAGCUCUGUCGCCCUCUGCGAAACUUUCAUCACCUCCGCGCAGAGAUGGAAACAGCCAUGCCGGGCAACGGUAUCAUUCCAUUCAUCGGUCUGUACACCCAUGACUUGAUGUUCAACGCGCUCAAGUCGGCUCGCAUCGAUCCACCAGCACCGGGCAAAGAAUCACUUGUCAACUUUGAAAGAUAUCAAACGGCAGCCGCGAUUGUGAAGAAUCUCCUGCGCUUGAUCGAAGCUAGUUCAAGAUACACUUUCCAUCCAGAACCGGAAGCCCUCAGCCGAUGCCUCUGGAUCGCCGCACUGGAAGAUAGCGAGAUCCAAGUUCGGAGCAUGAACCUGGAGAAAGAUUGA